AUGGACUCGUUACCUUUACCCAUAUUAGCCCAGAUAUGUCUGUACGUGGCCCAGCAAGACUUGGCCAGUAUGGCUGCUACAAGCCGUUUUUUGCACCCAAUAGCAAGUGAAGCGUUGUAUAAGAAGGUGCUGGUUGUUUUGGGUGCCCAAAGGCCACUCCUAAAGGAAGAUGAGGGUAUUAAGAGAGACGUUUCUAGUGGCGGUAAUGGCUCUUUUGUUUUCAGUCUGAGUGGUUGUGCAAGCUUGCUUAGGACCCUUGACGAGCGGCUCAAGGCUGAUCUAGUGGAAGACUUCUGUUUCGUUUCUUGUGAUAACGGUAUGGAAGAUGUUCAGAGACGGUUUAGAGAUGUUCUUACUGGUCUGACUCGUUUGAGAGCGUUUCAUAUGGAACCAGCGCUUCCAGAGACUGUUGGUGGAGACCUUACCCACCGUACGGUCAGGUCUAUGGACCUGCUUGAGAAAGCCAUGCUGGAAUGUUGCUGCAAUGUUUCAGUUGACUUGGAAGAGUCUGCUGAAGCUAAGAAGGCCGUGACGCUUCCUAUUUCACACACACUCUGUCAUUUACGCUGCAACCUGGAGAGUUCCCAAGGCCUCCAGGUGCUUGAUCUGCUUGGAGAGCCUGAAGAUAGAUUACAGUUAGACACGCUCUCCAUCUCGCAUUUGCAUCAGGACGGCAACGAUCCGCUUCACUUUUCAAGCGUCGCUGCCGCUAUAGAUAUACCCCAUCUUUCGAAACUUGUGCUUAAUGUUGACUGUCACGAGCUCAACUGCUCAUGUUACAGUGUCUUUUUCGAUAGAUUCGCUUCGUUCGUGGCAGAAAAUGGCGGCUUGCCAAAUUUGACUGCCAUUGAAAUCGAAGCUUUCCCUCAGGAGGACUGGCUCCGCCCAGUGGAGAUGCUCGAGCGGGUCCUCGAGCCUGUAAGCAACUUCUUAAGACAGCUCACAGGCCUUACAGCAUUAAAACUUGAUCUUCAGACACCUAGUCUUAAGAUGACUGGCGACAGUGAGAAUUCUAUUUCUGACGCCAAUAAAAUCAAUAGACGUCUUGUGGACGCAUUUUUCCUUUCGAUGUUCAAGACGCCAGACUUUGGCCAUAGAAUUAAGAAGCUCGAGCUUCCAGACUUUCUUGCAUCGUUUGCAUACUACAAACCAGACUUUUUUGGGUCUAUGUUACACACUUGUUCAUGUCAUGGCUGUGAGAGUAUCAUUAAACAGCUAUCCGAAGGUGUUAUUGCAGAUAUUAUCAAGGAGGACCCCGAAGAGGUUGACGAAAACGAGGCGUUUUACCUUGUGAUGUAUGCCAUUCUCCGUAAGCUUCAGAACGAGCAACUCAUUCCUCUCAAGGACAAAUCUACCUAUAGUCAAGCGCUCUUGAAGUCUGAUAACAGUGACUGGCUUACAGAGAACUUUGGUACCUGCACUGUUUCCGAGCUGGCCUUGAAGACAUAUGUGUUGCACCAACUUCGGUCAGUGGAGAGCUACUUUAGCGGGAUCUUCGAGAACAUGACCAGUCUUAACUUGCAUGGAGUUUACUUUGAGAAGGAAGACAGCAUGAGAAGCGUCUUCCAGAAUGAGAACUACUUCUCCGAGUAA